CCGCUUAGUGCCACUGUUGAGGUCAUAGCUGCGCGCUGAUGUCAGCAAGUUCUCUGGCGUCACUGCGCUUCCCUCCCACCUAGUCUCGGAAACGCGAUCCUACUCGGCAACCCAGAUACCAGUUUACACGCACCGCCCAUUGGCUGGCAGUGCUGCUAACUAAGGCCAGUCCUUUUGCGUCCCGGAGACCUCCUGGUCUCUGCCGCGCCCCGUAUUUGUGCAGCGCUAGCUGUCCCUGCAGACUCGGGCGCAGAGAGCCCGGGCUUCUGGGCGCAGUAGCUCCUGAGGUCGAGCUGGGCUGAGAGUGCAGGCCGGCAGAGGCCGGCGGGGACACGACUGGGGCUAUGCUGGGCAAGGAUUAUAUGCUGGCCAUCAUUCUGGUCAACUGCGAUGAUGACUUGUGGGGGGACCAGAAUUUGGAGGGCGAGCCAGGCCUGCCCCCUGGCUGGAGGAAGAUUCGCGAUGCUGCCGGUACUUAUUAUUGGCAUGUACGCAGUGGUAGCACCCAGUGGCAGCGCCCAACCUGGGAACCAGGAGAUGCAGAACACCCAGACACGAGGACAGAGAGGAUUUGGGGACUUCGGCCCCCCAAAGGGAGAUCCUUCUCUAGCCUGGAGAGCUCACUGGAUCGAAGUAACUCUCUCUCCUGGUUUGGUGAGGAAUCUACCAUACAGAACAUGGAGCCAGGGACUAAGUGCUUUGCAGUACGAUCUCUGGGCUGGGUGGAGGUACCCGAAGAGGACCUGGUACCUGGCAAAAGCAGUAUUGCGGUCAAUAACUGCAUUCAGCAGUUGGCUCAGACCCGAAGCAGCAGCCAGCCCCCAGAUGGUGCCUGGGGUGAGGGCCAGAACAUGUUGAUGAUCCUGAAGAAAGACGCCAUGAGCUUGGUGAAUCCCCUGGACCACAGUUUGAUCCACUGCCAGCCUUUGGUACACAUCCGUGUAUGGGGUGUGGGCAGCUCCAAGGGCCGGGACUUCGCUUUUGUGGCGGGUGACAAAGACAGCUGUAUGCUUAAGUGCCAUGUGUUCCGAUGUGACGUCCCUGCCAAGGCCAUUGCCAGUGCUCUACAUGGGCUCUGUGCCCAGAUCUUGUCUGAGAGAGUGGGAGUGAGUGGUGACUCUCCUUGCUGCUCCCUAGACCCCAUCUCCCCUGAAGACCUGCCACGGCAAGGGGAACUGCUGGAUGCAGUGAGCCAGGCUGCGCAGAAGUAUGAGGCGCUGUACAUGGGGACCCUGCCUGUCAUCAAAGCCAUGGGCAUGGACAUGCUGAAUGAGGCUAUUGGUACCCUCACCACCAGGGGGGAUCAGGAUACAUGGGUGCCCACCAUGCUCAGUGUGUCUGACUCUCUCAUGACUGCACAUCCCAUUCAGGCAGAGGCUGGUGCAGAGGAGGAGCCACUGUGGCAGUGUCCUGUGCGCCUUGUGACCUUUAUUGGUGUUGGCCGUGACCCGCACACUUUUGGCCUCAUUGCUGACCUGGGCCGUCAGAGCUUCCAGUGUGCAGCUUUCUGGUGCCAGCCCCAUGCAGGGAGACUUUCCGAAGCUGUGCAGGCUGCGUGUAUGGUCCAAUACCAGAAGUGUCUUGUGGCCUCUGCAACUCGAGGCAAGGCCUGGGGUGCCCAGGCUUGUGCCCGCCUGCGGCUCAAGCGAACCAGCUCCAUGGACUCCGCAGGUGGACCCCCGUCUCUCUCCCUUCUCAAAGGAGGGGUUGGGAGUGCAGGGGCAGCCCCUCGAAAGCGGGGCAUCUUCUCUUUUCUUGAUGCCUUCCGGCUGAAACAUUCUUUGCUCCAUAUGCCCUAAAUUGAUCCUGGAGGAUGGGAAGGAGGCUGUGGGUCCAGGCCCAGCUCGACCCCUCCUUUUACCAGGGGCCUGCAGCCUCUUGCUCUUUGGAGCCUUCUUUACCUGCCCUUCAGACCCUUACCUACUCUCUAUUUAUUGCCCAAUUUAUUAAUUGUUUAUAUGGAUGAUUGAGAGGCCCUGUACCACAACUAGGUCCCUGGCUGUCCUACCCCUGGGCUCCUCUGUCCCUUGCCUCUUUCAAGCCCUGGACAUUUGGCUCUACCUCAGCAACACUUUAUAGCUAAAUCAGUACAAAUAAAAAUCCCUCAGUGACCUCA